AUGUUUCUUUUGUCCCACAGGCUGCUCAUCGUCUACCCCUGGACCCAGAGGUUCUUUGAUUCCUUCGGUAACCUCUCCAGCCCCACUGCCAUCGUCGGCAAUCCCAAGGUCCGUGCCCAUGGCAAGAAGGUGCUCACCUCCUUCGGGGAGGCCGUGAAGAACCUCGAAAAUCUCAAGGCCACCUACUCCAAGCUGUCAGAGCUGCACUGCGAGAAGCUGCACGUGGACCCCGAGAACUUCAGGCUCUUGGGUAACAUCCUCAUCAUCGUGCUGGCCGCUCACUUCACCAAGGACUUCACCCCCGCCUGCCAGGCCACUUGGCAGAAGCUGGUCGGCGUGGUGGCCCACGCGCUGGCCCACAAGUACCGCUAGACCCUCUGGUGGGACACAUGGCUCUAACAAACAAUAAAA